CGCCGCGCUGACGCAUAACACGUAAUGUGGUUUUACUGCGUCUAUAAUAAAAAAAAACGCUCAAAAAUGUACGCAGAACAUUAUUAAACUCCGUAAAAACUCUGUAAACAUGUAUUUUACCAGGGUUACGAGAUAUUUCGUAAUAAUUAAUGUGUUAAAAUCAAUAAAAAGUGCAAAACAGUGACCAACAAUAACAUAACCUAAAAACGUAACCUUGUCUGAUCCCCUGAAUCAUGUUAAGUUCGUGUUUAAUGCAAUAAUUAUUAAUAUAAAUCUUUAAAAAUGAAGUACAGGAAGAAACUAGUGUUGUUUUCUUUGUUUUUGAUGAAUUUAGUGGAUCAGCCGGCUCCUGAGGUGGAUAUUGAACAAGGGAAAUUGAUCGGUAAAACUAGUGUAGAUGGGUCGUUUUUCGAGUACAUGGGCAUUCCAUACGCGACGACCAAUAGCAGCACGCGGUUCAAGGCACCUGGUCCACCACCGACAUGGAAAGGCGUAUUCCAAGCCAUCACCUCCGACAUGUGUCCCCAAGUGAGCCUUCUUGGGAAGGUACUGGGCUCAGAAGACUGCCUGAAAGUGAACGUGUACGUACCCGCCCUCGCGAGGCAACCGCUGAAGGUCAUGGUCUUCAUUCACGGUGGCGCCUUCAUCUUAGGUAGUGGUGGCAAAUUUAUCUAUGCUCCACAUUUCUUUAUGAAAAAAGAUGUCAUUCUAGUCACUUUUAAUUAUAGACUUGGAGCCUUAGGCUUUAUCUGCCUCGGUACCAAGGACGCACCGGGCAACGCUGGUUUAAAAGAUCAAAUAGCUGCGCUCAAAUGGGUAAAAAGAAACAUUGCUGACUUCGGUGGGGAUCCCAACGAUAUUACUCUGUUCGGUGAAAGUGCCGGUGCUACAUCAGCAUCGGUACUGUUAGCGAGUCCUAUUACUGAAGGAUUAUUCACAAAGGUUAUCAUGCAGAGUGGAAAUUCUAUAUCAAAUUGGGCGAUUAAUAGAAAACCGGUUUGGAAAGCUAGCCUCGUAGCGAAGAAGCUCGGUUUUGACUCGGAAGAUCCUCAUGAGUUGUACGAAUUCUUCAUGACAGCAGAUUAUAGAGAUCUCGUGGCGGUUCCGCCCGGCACGCCCGAUGAAUUAUUCUUUGACACGCAACUUCUACACCUGCCGUGUGUAGAAGAAGAAAUACCUGGAGAAGAAGCGGUACUCACUGAUCUACCUUACAAUUUGCUAUCACAAAAAGUUAAGAAUAUCCCUAUUAUCCAUGGCACUAAUUCAAAGGAGGGAAUGUUUUUAACAUCCGAAGACGACGGAACUGUCGAUAAGAGGAAUGGAAUGUAUAUUGUAGCGAGUGACCUGCGCUUCUCGUCCGUGGAAGAGGGAAUGGCCGUGUCGCGGAAGGCACAGGAGUUCUACUUCGGUGACGAACCGAUAAGUUUGAAGAAGAUUGACAAUGUGACAAAUUUAUAUACACAGUUGUACUUCGAAGUGCCCGCGAUCAUGGAGACGGAGCUUCUACUGAAUAGGACUACUUCUCGGGUCUACAAUUACAUUUUCAACUACUCCGGUAGCAGGAACUUCCUGAAGCAGCGAUCUGGUCGUGGCGAGGAGCCCGGCGCCUGCCAUGCUGAUGACCUCUUCUAUAUGUUCGACUCUGUGCUAACUCCUUUUCCAAUCAAUGAUAAAGAUUGGCUUAUGAUUGACACUAUGACUACUAUGUGGACUAAUUUUGCGAAAUAUGGGGACCCGACACCAAAUUCCCAAAAGCUACCUUACAAAUGGCUGCCAAGUGAAAAAAAUAAUUUGAGAUUUUUAUACAUUGACGAUGACCUCAGAAUGGGUCCCAUGCCUCACCCAGAGGCUUAUGCAUUGUGGAAGGAUAUCUAUACGAAAUAUCGCAAAACUAAUGUGAAACAGCCUUCUAUUGGUCCUAUUACUUGAUAAAUCAAACUGUGAUGAGAGUUAACUAAAAUAUAAUAAUUGAGAAAUAAACAGACUGAUCUUUAAA